AGGUUAUAUUUUGCGACACACGAUAUUACUAACACGGCGUCAUCAACUAUUUCUACCGAGGACACGCGUACACAUGCACACAGGUUAGGUUUCGAGCAGAAACGCGCGAUCAUGGAUAACGAGAAAGAGACAAAAUCAGAGGAAAAUUGUUCCAGUCCGGAGGAGGAUGUUUUUAUUACUUGUAGAGGAGACUUAACCUCGUAUUUUGAAGAUUGGGAUCAUAGUAUAAAUAAAAUUUACUUGUCAAAGGUACCACAAAUCUGCAAAGAUGAGCCGUGUCAGCUUGGCAUUGAUGAGGCUGGCCGUGGACCAGUCCUGGGUCCUAUGCUUUAUGGAAUUUCCUAUGCGCCUCUGUCAAUGAAACAGCUUCUCGUAGACUUGGGCUGUGCAGAUUCAAAAAGUUUGACAGAGGAGAAGAGAGAUGUAAUUUUUGAUAAAAUUUGUGAAAAGCGUGACAAAAUGGGUUGGGCUGUAGAAGCUAUAUCGCCUAAUUUUAUUGCAAACAGCAUGUAUCAUCGCAGUAAAACUUCUUUGAACGAGGUGUCUAUGACUUCCGCCAUUGAAUUAACCAAAAAGAUAAUAGAGGCUGGCGCAUGGAUCUCAGAGGUGUAUGUAGAUACAGUGGGCAGGCCUGAGAAGUACCAGGCUAAGCUGGAACAGAUCUUUCCGGGUAUUAAAAUAACUGUAGCAAAGAAAGCUGAUUCCACGUAUCCAAUUGUCAGCGCAGCUAGUAUCUGUGCCAAGGUUUCUCGUGAUCAUGCGAUACGAGCAUGGCAAUUUCUGGAAGGAUCCAUUGCAAAGGAGUAUGGAAGCGGGUAUCCGAAUGAUCCAGACACAAAGAAUUGGCUGAUACAAAACGUAGACCCAGUGUUUGGCUUCCCACAACUUGUCAGAUUCAGUUGGUCUACCGCUGAGAAAAUCCUGGAAGAGAAAGCCCUGUCUGUGGAAUGGGAAGAGGUGGACGACGGUGGGAAUGCUGGAGAGCAGAAAAUCUCAAAUUUCUUUUUCAGAUCACCUCCCAAGUCUUGCCAGUCGAAGAGGAAGCGGCACAAGUUUUUCGCUGAUAGAUGUCUCUUCAAUACUACUACUUUGUGAUCUUUUCAACUUACAAUACAAUGAUUUAUAGCGAUAUUUGGAAUGGAAACUCGCCUCUAUAUUGCUUCACUAUGAAACAGUAAUCUCUUCAGGAGAAUAUACUACGCAUUUGUUUUGCCGACCGUCGACGUUGAACGCCGCUUUAUUAUCAGAACGUUAAGUUAAAGAUAAAAGUUGGUUUGAUUUAUGUACAUAUGUACAGAGUGCUCUUACAUUAAUACCAUGGGCAAAGAAUGGCAAAUACAUCAUGAUGGAUGCAUUUACACACUCUCCAAUGGCGUUCCGCUUGUAAUUAACGAUUAGGAAUGUUACUGGCGCGAAAUGUUCAAAUGUUCUUUGGUGAAACACGCUCUACACUCACGCUCGCAUUUAACUCUACGAUAACAUAUCUUUGCGAUUGAUUAAUAGCGACUAGAUUUGAUAAAAGCUACGACGAAAGAGAACAUACUCUCACCGGGGUUGAAUCUUAUUCUCCCACGAUUGGACGAUAGAAACACUCGUGUACAGUUAGAUAUAAAUGUGCUCGACACGCACUUGCUUUCAUCCUUGGACAUGCAUUCGAGUGAUUAAUAUUUUUCUUCACACGUACUGGAAAUUUUCUUAAGACGAAUGAGAGAAAGAAAAGGAGUUUUCCUAACACCGAGGUUGGCGUACCUGUGGAUACUUCUUCAACACAGAUUUUAUAUAAAGUACGGUUGUUUGUUUUGUUAAAACUUUGAAUAAAAAACUUUGAAUAUAA